AUGUCUGGCAGAGGCAAAGGUGGCAAAGGCCUUGGUAAAGGUGGUGCCAAGCGGCACCGCAAGGUCCUACGAGAUAAUAUUCAGGGUAUUACAAAACCAGCUAUUCGUCGCCUAGCUCGCCGUGGGGGUGUUAAGCGCAUUUCUGGCCUUAUUUAUGAGGAGACUCGUGGUGUCCUGAAGGUUUUUUUGGAAAAUAUUAUAAGGGAUUCCGUGACUUACACCGAACAUGCUAAGCGUAAGACUGUUACCGCCAUGGAUGUGGUUUACGCUCUCAAACGCCAAGGACGAACUCUCUACGGAUUUGGCGGUUGA